UGAGCAGGAUGUAUCAUGGGGUCAAAGGUCAAAGGUCAGGGAGAAGUGAGCCUGGAGUUUCAUUGCAUGUUCUCCACCAAUCAGGUCGCAGAGGAGGCGGUCUGCACCACCUCCGUAACCAUGACUGAAGACAACCGUGUGAAGGAGAACGGCGACUGCGAGGCGGCACAUCAUAAAAAUGACAUCAGCAUCAGCGUGAACAUAAGCCCCGCCCCUGGCCUGAUGAGGAAGCAGCUGCUGUGGCAAAACGCCGUCAGAAACAUCAUUGACCAGCACAACCUUUACUCGCUAAGGCUCGCCGGCGGCCUGGAGAGGGGGAGGCACCGCAUCACCGUCACUGACGCCUACAUCGCUGACAUCAACAGGCAGAUUUGUAAUAAGGCGUCUCGUGGUGCAUUCUGGCAGAAACGGCGCUCGUCUGCUGCUCGGGUCCACCCGAUGGCGCCAAAGAUCUCGGUGCCGUUAAGUAUCAUACAAGACUCACUCAGCGACGCCGACUUCUUCGUGUCCAGGGGGUCGUCUGUGCGAGGCGUUUUCAUUCCAGCGCUGCAGCACACGUUCAAGUCGCCCGAACUGGAGAAGGUGUAUCAGCAGUUUUCGUCGGCUCAGAGAAGAACGUCACUUGUCGUCACCAACGUCAUCGACAUCCUGACCAGACUGCUCAUCCUCAUGCUCACCUGGCCAUCUGGCUGGUGGGGCCUGGCCUGUGAUUGGCUGGCUGGCCUGUCAGUCAUCCUGUGGGCGGUGAUCUGUAUGCUGGCACUGGCAAGGAGGGAUGUGAUGUCAUCCCCACAGUGGCUGAGGUACCUGUCUGUGGUCAGCUGGUUCUCUCAGACUGUGCAGGUGUUGGUGGGCGUGUUCAGUUGGGGUGAGAGUGAUCACUCCUGGUACGUCUUCUUCUCUCUCUUCUCCACCUACACCUUGCUGCCCCUCCCCCUUCUGUGGUCCAUUGUUGCCGGGGCAACCACCUCCACUUUGCACCUACUGCUGGAUGUAUGCUGUCACUACGGCGACCAAACCUUCAUCCCUAAGGUCGGACAAUCUCUCUCUUCUGCUCUGAUGACUUUGGAGGUAUAUCACCACAACGUAUCACUGUCUGUUUGUUUGUUUCCUGUCCAGGUGUUGUCCAAAGCCUUGUUGUACCUGGCCAUGAACACAGCCGGUCUGUUCAUCCACUACCUGUCAGACCGGACUCAGAGACAGUCCUUCUUAGAGACCCGGCGCUGCAUAGAGGGGCGAGUGAGACUGGAGAGAGAGAACCAAAGACAGGAGCGUCUGGUAAUGUCCAUCCUGCCUCGGUUCCUGGUUCUUGAGAUGACAGCUGACAUGGCCUCCAUGGACGACUACCUGCUGCCUCAGCAGUUCCACAAGAUCUACAUCCACCACUACAGAGACGUCAGCAUCCUGUUUGCUGACAUCAUCGGCUUCACGUCUCUGUCGCUCAUCCUGUCGGCUCAAGAACUCGUUAAAACUCUUAACGAGCUCUUCGGACGCUUCGAUAGGCUGGCCGAGGAGCAUCAGUGUCUACGUAUUAAGAUCCUGGGGGACUGUUAUUACUGUGUGUCUGGAGUCCCAGAGCCACAGAGAGGCCACGCCCGCUGCUGCGUGGAGAUGGGCCUCAGUAUGAUCAACACCAUACGGUAUGUGCGUCGGGAGAUCCAGCAGGAGGUGGACAUGAGGAUCGGGGUUCACUCGGGGUCGGUUCUGUGUGGAGUUCUGGGUCUGCAGAAGUGGCAGUUCGACAUCUGGAGCUGGGACGUCGACAUCGCCAACAGUCUGGAGACGGCAGGAGUGCCGGGGAGGAUCCACAUCUCCCGGGCGACCCUCGACUGUCUUGGCGGGAUCUACGAGACGGAGGCGGGGAACGGCCAGGAGCGCAACGAGUUUCUCCGGAAACACAACAUCGACACGUACCUGAUUCGUCCUGCACUUAAAGAGGAGGCGGAGCCACCGAGAGCGAGGCGCCCGAGUUACGACGAGAUGACGUCGUGGAGUGCCGAGCUGCCGUUCGGAGACAUCCUGGGAAUGAACUUUAUCCUCGCCACCUUCACAAACGGCUCUCUAACCCAGCUGCCCAAUCAGAUCGCAGUUCAGCACUCGGGCUCUCGUGAGGUCAACAAGAGAAUCUGUCAGGCCAUCGAGGUCCGCAGCAGCGAGCUGAUGAGGAAGGAGCACAUCACCACCUUCACUCAGGUGUUCAAGGACUCCCAGAUGGAGGGGAAGUACUCCCAGAUGAGAGACGAACUCUUCAAGUCCAACAUGGUGUGUUCCUUCAUCCUGCUGCUGCUGCUCAUGGCCGUGCAGGCGCUAAUCCCCGCCCCCAGGUUGUUGUUGAUGGUCGCUCAGUUCGUCGUCUGCUUCAGCAUCUACUUCCUGCUUCUGCUGCUGACUCUGGGGGAGGAGUUUAAGCAUUGCCCCGCCCCCCUGCAGUCUCUCUGCUGCUGGGUUCAUGAAACCAAGUACGCCCGCACGCUGCUCACGCUCACCGCCAUCACCAUCAACUUCGGCGUUGCCUCCUCUGACAUCCUGUGGUGUGAUACGUCGGAAUCUCACAGCAACAGCAGCAGCGCCCCUCUGUUGGCUCCGCCCCCCUCCACCACCUGGCCUGACAUCAACAUCUGCACACAUCCCGAGUACAUGGUGCUGAGCGGGGUCGUUGCCAUGGUUACCUGCGCGGUGUUUCUCAGGCUGAGUUGUGUGUUGAAGCUGGCCGUCCUCCUGCUGGCCGCCGCCCUCUACACCUACCUCAUAGAGACACACAGGUCUCAUCACCUGUGCAGGAACGGCGUCUGCGCGGUUCUCAUGGUCAUGUUCUUGGUGGUCGUCCUCUACAACAGCAGACAGCUCGAGGCGACGGCUCGUCUGGACUUCCUGUGGCGCCUGCAGGCGAGGAGGGAGGUCGAGGACAUGAAGGAGCUGAGGGAACACAACGAGUGUCUGCUGCUCAACAUCCUGCCCGCUCACGUCGCACAACACUUCCUGGAGAGAGACCGCAACGACGAGGAGUUAUACUCUCAGUCGUACGAUCGAGUAGGCGUCCUCUUCGCCUCUCUUCCUGGUUUCUCCGACUUCUUCGAGCAGAAGGAGCUCGUUCAUCAGCGCGUCGAGUGUCUCCGCCUCCUCAACCACAUCAUCAGCGACUUUGAUGAGCUGCUGGAGGAGGGGUUCUUCCAGGAGGUGGAGAAGAUAAAAACUAUCGGCAGUUCUUACAUGGCAGCUUCAGGUCUCUCACCUGACGGACAGGACUACGAGGACCCGUGGCAUCACCUGAGCGAGUUGGUUCUUUUCGCUCUGGCGAUGCAGGAAACGUUGAAACACUUCAACACACAAACAGGAAACGACUUCCAGCUCCGAGUCGGUAUCGCUCACGGCCCCGUGAUCGCCGGCGUGAUCGGAGCCACCAAACCUCAGUACGACAUCUGGGGCGUGACGGUGAACGUGGCGAGCAGGAUGGAGAGCACGGGGGUCAACGGGAGGAUUCAGGUCCCCGAGACAACCAGCUGCAUCCUGAUGGAGCGAGGCUUCCUACGGCAGCUCAGAGGGAACAUUUACAUCAAAGGCAUCAGUGAACGCCACGGGAAGGUUCGUACGUUUUUCGUGAGCAGUCGCGAGGAGCGCUCCAGUUUCCUGGAGCGUGGCGGUGGGCGGGGCUUCAGCCAGAACAGGAAUACACUGGGAGCUGUGGUUUUCAGUCUGGUUCAGGCCAGGAAGAGAGACAAGCUGAUGGAGGAGAACGGAGGCUUCCACCUGGUGGAGGCGUCGUAACCAGUGGGAGCGCCACGCCACGCCACGCCACGCCAUGCCACGCCACGCCGCCAAUCAGACGGCGAGCAGCCGCGUCGUCGCUCUGCAACUUUUGUCUUUAGGACGUUGUGCCAACUUUACCUCAACAGCUUCUGAUCCAAUCACCCGAUGAAGAGUAACGUUUAGUGGAGUUUUUAAAACGUGUUUUUUAAAGUGUCAUUACACAGACUGACCAGCAGGUGGAGCUGUUUCAUCAAAGUGACUGAAACAGAGACCAGGCGCUACUUUGUAAAGAUUUCUGAAUGAUUUCUAAAGAAGAGAUUUGACCUGAACGUCGUCUGGAUUCAAUAAAACAUUUGAACAUGGAGAAGAAGAAAGUUUGAAAGGAGUUCACCUGGACUCCCAAAGGACGUAAAAGAGAGAAGAAGAAGAAGAAGUGACUUUGAGGUUUCCUCCUGUUCAUGUAAACAUCAUCAUCAUCAUCUCCACCGCUGGAUAAAAAGAUCAAAAAGAAAAAGUCCUUCAGAGAAAAAUGAAGGUUUUACUGUAAACCUGAAAACAGGUUGAGAUUUUCCUGCAGUACUUAAACGCAUCACAGCCAUGACUUUUCCCUUUCUAGUUUCCUUUAGUGACUAAAACACUUCAAUGUUUGUCUGAA